GAAAACACAUGUACAUAAGUGACACUGCGAAGAAACAGAUAAGACAUACACAGGAAACACAGUGGCAGCGACUAUAAAAAGGAAGGCUGCCUUCAUUUUUUUUAUUCACCACAAGUCACAGAAACACCCGAAAAGUAGCAUUUUACAGGGGAGGCAGCACAACAAGGACUCUGCAGGACACUCCAUUGUGUUGUUUUGUUUUUUUUAAACAAGAAGACAAUCUGGAACAGGAAGACGUCCUUCUGACUGCUGGAACGAGAGUUGAAGAUGGACAAGUCUGAGAUGUUUGGCUUCUCUCUGGAGUCAGACAACAGGACGGAGGAGGAGAAAUCACAGCAGAAAGCUGCAAAGAAGGAUGGAUUAGUUUCUGCCCUGGGUUUGGGCAAGGAGGCGCCCAGUGCUCCCAUGGACACUAAUUACCAGAAGGAAAUAAAGGAGGCCACAUCUCCAAUCAGAUUCAAUCUCAACUUUGACAAACAGAUUCGAGGUGACGGGGGGAACAGCAGCAAGAGAGACAGCAAGACAUUUAACAUCGAUAGGUUAUUUGAAGCAGUGGCCAGCAGGGACGUUGGAAAGCUGGACGGCCUGCAUCAGUACCUGCACCAGAACAUGAUGAAACUCUCGGACACUUUGUAUCAGUCCGAUGGUAAAAAUGCCCUGAUGAAGGCUCUGCUGCACCUCAAAGAUGGCAAGAACAACACGGUGGAACUAUUAAUUGACAUUUCGGAGAAGAUGGGUGACAUCAAAAAGUUUGUGAAUUCAGCCUACACCAACAGCUACUACAAAGGCCAGACAGCUCUCCAUAUAGCCAUUGAGAGGAGGAGUCUUCUCUAUGUGAAGCUGUUGGUCAGUAAAGGAGCAAUCGUUCAUGCCAAAGCCUGUGGAACAUUCUUCCAGCCACAUGACGGCCCCAACUUCUACUUUGGUGAGCUGCCUCUGUCUCUGGCAGCCUGCACCAACCAGCCCGACGUGGUGGACUUUCUCAUGGAGAAUGAGUAUGAACGAGCAGACGCUAAGCUUCAGGACUCUCAGGGCAACACGGUGCUGCACGCCUUGGUGGUGGUGGCUGAUGAUAAGAAUAAUACAGAUAAGAAUAAUACAGAGUUCAUCACAAACAUGUACGACCGCAUCCUCAAGACCACUGCCAGACUGCACCCCAAGCUGAAGCUGGAGGACAUAGAGAACAAUAAAGGGCUGACACCUCUCAAAAUGGCUGCCAAGACUGGCAAGAUCGGGAUUUUUUCACACAUCCUGAAACGUGAAUUCGAGGAGAGUCAUACCAAACAUUUGUCCCGUAAAUUCACUGAGUGGGUUUACGGGCCCGUUAACAGCUCCCUGUACGACCUGGCCGCUGUGGACUCAUACGAGGAAAACUCAGUCUUGGAGAUACUGAUCUACGGCAGUGACAUUCCUAACCGUCAUGAGAUGCUCGAGACGGAGCCUCUGAGCCGGUUGCUGGAGUCAAAGUGGAAGACGUUUGCAAGUCGAAUGUUUUUUUUCAACUUCUUAGUAUACCUCUUGUACCUGAUCAUCUUCACUUUUGUAGCCUACAAUAAGCAGGAUGGCAAGCCACCUUUUCUUCUUGAACAAACCUCAAUGGGUUACCUGUAUGUUUCAGGCCAGCUAGUGACAGCGCUGGCAAACUGCUAUUUCUUUUUCAUAGGGAUCAUAGACAUGAAGAGGAAACGGCCGAAGCUGCAGACGUUGCUGAUUGAUGGAUAUUAUGAGAUUCUUUUUUUUUUGCAGGCCGUCCUCUUCCUGGUCUCAGCUGGGCUGUAUCUGAGCGGGCAGCAGGAGUACCUGGGCUUCCUGGUGCUGUGUCUUGCUCUCAGCUGGGUGAACCUGCUCUACUUCUGCAGGGGCCACAUACACAUGGGCAUCUACAGCAUCAUGAUACAAAAGAUGAUCCUCAGUGAUAUCCUGCGCUUUCUUUUUGUCUACGCCGUCUUCCUUUUUGGAUUUUCAGCAGCGGUGGUCACCCUGCUCAUAGAGCCUCCUGUAAAAAACACCACUCAAAAGACAGGGCGUCUCAUCUGGAGUCCAGUCGAGCCUGAGGAGAACUGUGUAAAACCCACCUUCAGAGAUAUCUCUUACACCACCCUGGAGCUCUUCAAGUUCACUAUCGGCAUGGGCGACAUUGAGUUCACCGAGCACUACCAGUACAAGGAGGUCUUCUACAUUCUCCUCAUCGGCUACAUCAUUCUCACAUACAUCCUGCUGCUCAACAUGCUCAUCGCCCUCAUGAACCGCACAGUGGAGAAGGCUGCCAUGGAGAGCACCUGUAUCUGGAAGCUGCAGAGGGCCAUCACCAUCCUGGACAUGGAGAAAAGGCUGUCGACGUGUCUCAGAAAGAAGAUUCGCUGUGGGGUGGAGAUCAACCUCAGCACUACACUUGGUGCUGACCUUCGCCGUUGUUUCAGAGUGGAGGAAGUCAACUGGAACAAAUGGAACAUCAACCUGGGCAAAAUCAAUGAGGAUCCAGGGUGCUGGGAUCGUGUCCAACAGCCUGCCUCAUACACCCUGCCAAACAGACCAAACAGAGGGAGGAGCUGGAGAGCCUUAAUCAUGGCGGGCAGUCAGCGGCGGUGGCAGACAGAUCAGUCCACAGAGAUGAAUCCUCUGAACACCACACCGGUCUAGAGAGCUUCACUUGGGCUGCUGAGCCUGACUGACCUAAGCAACGAGGCAUUCAAACCUAAAGACAGUGUUCAGUUUCAGUUCACCAAGAAAAUUUUACUGCCUCUCUGACUGAUACUCCCAUCUGAUGUAAGAUGGAUUUUCAAAUUUUGUCUCUGAGGCAAUAUUUCACUGAGAUGAGCAUGGUUGAGGAAAAUAUUGUAGAUAUUUGUUCACCUGACUGACAUAAAUUAUAAUGGUGUAAAAAAAUAAUUUAUAUCAAAGCUGAAUGCUGCAUCAAGAGUUGCUUGAUUGCCAAGUAAAUCAUGCAUUUGAAAUACAUUAAACAUUUCAUCCAAAGGCCUCUGCGCAUGCUGCUUCUGCCACCACCUGAACAGGAUGCACAUCCUCUCUGCACAAAGGCCAUAACCUGCUGGCACCACUGGCAUCGCUCAAAAUCCUUCAUGGAGUAAUACUGAUCACGAAGGUGCUGAUCCUGCCCUCCCGCUGUGUGCCCUUUAUACCGGUCCCAUUUUCAUCACAGCCAGACAAGCUAAAUCUUCUGCAGCCAGAUAGUCCUGCGGAUUUCACAGCUGGCUUUGUCUACUCUACUUCCUGUUUGGCAGAGGGAUGCUCAAAUAAAUGGCAUGAAAGCACAGCAAUUGGUGCAACAAUGACCACCUUACUGUAGCUGUUGCAGUUAUAAAUUACAGUAUGUGGCUUAGACGGGCCCUCUGAACCAGACAGUCACUUGUAAGGCUGAUUAUGUAAGAAACAAAUCUAUGUUUUGUAACAUAUUUGGACCGUCAGACAGGAUGACAAUAGUUAAUAUUGUCAUCCUGUCUGACGGUCCAAAUAUGUUAGUGUAUCGCUCAAAGACUGAGCUCUGUUGUCAGAGUCCUUUUAAAUUAAUGCAGCAGAUUAUCCAAACAGAAGUUCAGACCAAUUUCAAAGCAUAAAUUAGAACUUUAUUUUAUUAUUACAAUAUUACAAAAAGAGUAGCACAACUCUCACACUCUUGCCUCUUAUCUGUCGUACAGAAUGACACAAAAGAAAGGCUUAUGGACCUUCUUCCAUUUCACAGCAAUAGUACAAGAAACAAAGAAGAAAAUCAAAUUUAAAUAACAAGCAAAUCAAGUAUUAUAAAUAGUCACAACUGCAAACUGAAGCUUUGAAACUUGGAAAAAAAUGUUACAGCUCAGUAACUACACAUUGCUAAAAUAUAUAAUUACAAAAUAUUACUCCUUUUCUUGCUUUCCAUAAUAAAGAAUCUCUAAGGAAUUGCUCUAUUUAACAAAACUUCAUUAAAAUAAAAAGACCAGAAAAAAAGAAAGCAAAAA